AUGGAGCCAAAAGACUCCAGAGUUCCAGACCCCCAGGACACCAGAGCCCCGUGGCCCCAGAACUCAGAGUCUCAGAGUUCCAGGAAUCCUAAAGCCCCCAGAGCCCCAAAUCCCAUGAGCUCCAGAACACCUAUACUCCCAGAAGCCCCAGGGUCCCCAGUGCCACAGGCCCAUAGAGGUUCAGGAGCCCUAAUACCCCAAUGCCCAGAGAAGCAAGAACCCAGAACACCAGAAGUCCUAGAGCUCGAGGUGCCCCAAGGCCAGUCCCAGAGAGUCAGGAGCCAGAAGACCAUCUUGGUCGACAGACCUAGGACCCCCCCGAGCCCAAAGAGCCUCUGGAGCUCCAAAGGCCCAGAGCUCCAGAUAUCCCAGGAGCCUCAAAGUCUGAGCAUUCCAAGGACCCAGCCCCAGGAGGCCCACAGACCCAAGAACCACAUGGCCCCAGAGCCCCUGAGCUUUCAGAGCCACAGCCCCAGGAACACCAGAGCUUCAGAUUCCACAGAGCACCUGAGCUCCAGGAGCCCCAGAACCCCAGGGAGCCCCAGAAACAUAGGUACCCCGGAGUCCAAGGACCCACAGCGUCACAGAUUUCCAGGACCUCAGGAGCACAAGGCUCCAGAGCCCCAGAGAUGCAGGAGCCCAAGAGCUCCAGGCGCGGCAGAACAAACAGUUCCAGAACCCCAGGAGUCCCAGUGCCCCACGAGCCACAUGGCCCCGGAAUCCCAGAGCCCCAGGAGCCACAGGAGUCCCUUAGCCCAGAUCCCUGGAGCACAGGAAGCCCUGAUGCACAAUGAACACCAGGAGCCCAAACAACCCAGAGCUCCAGAACCCCUUGAGCCCCAGGGUCCCAGAACCGCUGACACCCAGGAGCCCCAGAACCCCCGAGUCCCAGGAGGCCCAGAGCCACAGUGUUUAGGGCCCAAUGACCCAGGAGGCCCAGAGACUCAGGGGCCCAAGGACCCAGAGACCCGGAGCCCCAAGGAGCCAAAAUUCCCCAGAGACUCGGACUCCCAGGAAACCAGAGCCACAGUUGCCAAGAGUGCAGAGCCCCAGUAG